GCACUGAUUCAUUACACGGAACGCGUUUACAAUUUGUUUUUUUUUUAUAUUCAGUUGUUGGUUUAUGUUGGACCGGAAGUAGUUUUACUUGUAGCGCUAGCUUGCUCGCUAGCUGUAGCAUUACCUCAAAAUAUUAAUUGUUUUUUUAAAACAAGAAACCCCUUAGUAUUCAUAUAAGGUUAUUAACACAUUAAUAAACGUGGUUUAAAAUGUGUUACAUUUACGCCUGCCUUUUUAUGAAGUAAAAUUACUAAAUAACUGCCCGGAAGUAGAAUCCAUUUUCCAUAAACAAACGAAACAAAACUGGAUAAGUUUAAGCAGAUUCGCUGUUAGUGCGUUUCCGCUGAACUGAGCGUUUGUAAAUCGACGAUUUUAUGCCAAACUCAUAGUUAGCUAGUCACGCACUACAGUCAGCUGAUUCAUUCACGUGACAACCCUUUCUAGUUUCGGGCAAGUCCUGUUUACCGGUGAAAGUAUUCCAGAGAAUCUAUUUUACAAGACGGAAACCGGCAUGUUGAAGUUAGUUUAGGAGCCACACGGAGAAGAUAAAUGGCUGAGGACAUCGGACUUUCCACAAAGAGCUAACUAUGGUACUAAUAACACGCUGAGUCCGCACAAAGAGGAGCAGCCAAAGGGUUAGCUAAGCAGCUUCAGCAUUGUUGAUGUGCCAUUCACUCCAGUAGAUUUGUUUUGUAUUCACUUCCAUAAAGGAAUUUGCUGCAUAUCCUGCAAAAUGAGUCCAGAGGGGAAGAAGCUGUUAAACAUCAUUAUCCUAGGCUUCGGCUUUAUGUUCAUGUUCACUGCUUUCCAAACAUGCGGCAAUAUAGAGCAAACAGUUAUCAAGAGCUUCAACAGCACCGAGUUCCACGGGAGCGGAUACACGAGCAUGGCCAUCAUCUAUGGCGUUUUCUCUGCAUCCAACCUGAUCGCCCCUUCAGUGGUGACUGUCAUUGGGCCGCAGCUGUCAAUGUUUUUUAGUGGGCUUUUGUACAGCGGCUACAUUGCUAUGUUCAUUUACCCGUACACAUGGAGCUUCUAUACAGCGUCUGUGUUGGUUGGCAUAGGAGCAGCAGUCUUGUGGACUGCUCAGGGGAAUGUGCUUGCCAUCAACUCCACUGACACCACAAUUGGAAGAAACAGCGGCAUAUUUUGGGCACUGCUGCAGUUCAGCUUAUUCUUUGGAAAUCUGUACAUAUACUGUGCCUGGCACGGACACGUCCACAUAACAGACAAGGACCGCCAGACGGUGUUCAUCUCUCUCACCGUGAUCAGUCUGGUGGGUUGCUUCCUCUUCUUUUUGAUCCGGAAGCCCGAGCCUGAACCCGCUCCCUCUGAGGUGUCGGAGUCGCUGCUGCAGGCCGAAUCCACAGAGAGCUUCUCCACAGCUAGCUCGCCUCGCUCAGGCCUCGGCUCACAAGCUCUGGACGCCUUUGUUAAAGCCUGUAAAAUAUUUAUAACCAAAGAGAUGCUGCUGCUGAGCGUCUCCAUAGGAUACACAGGCUUGGAGCUCACCUUUUACAGCGGGGUGUAUGGGACGUGUAUCGGAGCCAUGACGCGGUUUGGCCAAGAUGCGAAGAGUUUGAUCGGCAUCUCUGGAAUUUUCAUCGGCAUAGGCGAGAUCUUAGGAGGGGGCGUGUUCGGGAUGCUGAACAAGUGCAACCGGUUUGGGAGGAACCCGGUGGUGCUGCUGGGGCUCAUCACUCACUUUGUCGCCUUUUACCUGAUUUUCCUCAACAUUGCCAGCGACGCUCCGAUAGCCCCGGAGGCAGGAACGGAUCUGCAGGCCUACAUCACCCCCAGUGUUGCCGUGGCAUUGCUGUGCAGCUUCUUGCUCGGUUUCGGCGACAGCUGCUUCAACACUCAGCUCCUCAGCAUCAUCGGCUUCAUGUUCCGCGACAACAGCGCCCCCGCCUUCGCUGUCUUCAAGUUCAUGCAGUCCAUCCUGGCCGCUCUGGCCUUCUUCUACAGUAACUACCUGCUGCUGCACUGGCAGCUGCUCAUCCUGGUCGUGAUGGGUUUCCUGGGCUCCGUGACCUUCUUUGUGGUCGAGGGGCUUGCCGAGACCAGCAGGCGAGAAUCGGACUACGACAGCAUCUGAUGUGUGUCUGGUGAGGAAGAGGAGGGCACAGCUGGAGGUGUUUCGCUCUCCACAGCUGGAAGAAUCACCCGGGGAUGAUGAUGAUGAUGAUGAUGAUGAUGAUGAUCCAGCCUCUGCAAACAGAGACUGACACUGUGGUAUGUUUGGUUUUUACACCUGCCAUCUGGUACCAAGCAUUAAUCUCACUCUCACCGUUUAUCUGUACUAAAUCAAAAGGCAUGAGGAGGUACUGUGCACACAAGAUAUACCUCAUUUUGGUUCAUUCCUGGCCUCGCUCUUAUUAUUUUGUGCACAUAAAUUAGAAAUUAAUCAGAAGAAAUUAUGAAAACGUGCUUUAAACAGACUUCACUGAGGCAUGGUGGACAGAGAUUUGUUAAUCAAAUAAAAAGCACUUUUGAUUCAAGGCUUUUCAACAAUUAUAUACAGAGUGGGUGGGUAAUGGGUAAUGCUAGUGCCUGUGUGAAGAGAUCCUGAAGAACGACACUGACUUUAGGUUUUAACAGAAAUAUUCCUGUUUUCAUUGGGUGCAGCUGCUCUGACUGCAUGUACUGACUUCAAGCGUAAGUCUGGUGAUUAUUCUAUAUAUUUCUUCUUGUCAACAAAUCCCACGAAAGAGACCCAAACCAGCAGCGAACGUAUCAGCUAACAGGUGUUGUGUGUGAACCACAGAGCUCCAUUGUUGUCCAGAAACUAUUAAAACACAUCAGCGAGCCGCUCUGCUGCACUGGGCGACAUGUUCCUUCAUCACCAUGAACACACACACUGUAGUUUAUUCUGACUCAGCCACACACACACCGUCCUGCUGCCCCAAACACUCACUACAGCACCACAUGUGGAUUCAUCCGCCGCUGAAAAUAGUCCCCAACAGGUGUUUUAAUAUUUACGUCUUCAGGAGGAACCAGUGUGCUUGGAGCUGCGAGCCACAGACACGAAGUCUGGUUGCUGGUUUUGGUGUUUUCGUGGGAUUUGAUGACGAUGAAUAACUUGAAUAAUGCCAGGCUUAUCCUGUAAAAGUUCUUUCACUCUCUUGUGUGACAUCUCUUGCACUCAUAAAAGCAUGUUAUGCACACGAAUUCAACCUUGAUGACAAAGAAGAACAGUAUUAUAACGUGUGUGUGUGUGUAUAUAUAUUACUCCAUACGUCUGUUAUAAUAUUGCUCUUCCUUCUAGCGUGUCGAAGACUGAUUCACACCACGUGAAGCAGUUGUGUUGCGUAUUCGCUGCUGUUCUCCCCAGUUUGUCCUACAUGUUCAGCUGCAGUCACGAGCUAAUCACGACCGUAAAAUGAACUUUUACGACGGAUAUUCUGCAAUCUCAAGAUAUUUACGAGCCGACCCUUCCUCGUCAUCUGGCAGUGACUUUCAUUUAGAGACAAAUUGGGAGCAAAGCAGUUAAAAGGGAAACAUUAUCAAGAAACUGAACUCCUUCUUUUCGUUUUUGUUUGAGUGUUAAAUUCAUUUUCAGCCUCAUUCUUCUGUUAUGCUGUUUUUCUUCUGUUCUUAUUCCUUCAUCAUACACGAUGUGCUAUAUAAUUGGUUUAGGUAUAAUCAGAUCCAGAUCGUCUUGAGGGCGACCCGUGACUCUGCAUUCCAGGAAGCGUUUCACCGUUACGAGUGGGCGACUGCAGUUAGUCCAGAUGAAAUUAGUUUGUGCCAGAAGAAAGAAAAAAUGAGUCCUUUUCUCUUCCUUACUACUUUUUCUCACCUCCUAAUAAGCGUUGGAGGAUGUUUCAGGGGGAAAACAGGGACAGCGAGAUGGUAAAUCGGAUAAUUUAACGUUUUUUUUCACAUUGGUGACAACAGACAGAGUUUUUAAGCUACGCUAGCAGCACGACUCAGUCUCCGUUCAGUCGCCAAUUGGGUUCAGAUUGAAAUAUCUCGUCAGCUAUUGGAUGAAUUGCCAUGAAAUCUGGUACAGACAUUCAGGUUCCCCACAGGAUGAACUGUAAUCACUUUGGUGAUCCUGAAAGUGGCUCAAAGGGGUUCUCCAGUGAUUUAGUUUCGCUAAAGUUGAGACACAAGUUUGUAAAUCGGGCUUUCUGUUAAAGGUACCCUGUGGAGUUUUUGACCACAGGACAGUGCUACAGAGCAAUGAGUCCCCAUUUUGUUUGAAUCAUGUGCUGAGCAUGCAGGUGCCAACAGAAGCAAUGAGGAAGAAGACUGCCAGCUAGGAAACAUAGAUGUAAACAAACUAUGGAGCUUUUUUUUUGUUUAGCUCCACAGGCGCGUUUUAAUGGAUUCGAAGCCCGAGCUGAGAUAGCCAUAAAGGACAUUAUAUAUGUGUUUACAGGCUGAGUAGUAACUAACCGUGACGAGUAAAUGAAUAUUAGAUUUGUAUAAUCAGUGGAGUGCCCCUUUAACACGUUGACCUCUCUGCUUCAAACAACAAAACUGUGUAAUGCUGCCCCACACACGAUAAACCCUUCUGAUAUCAGUUACCAAAGACCGUUGCUCUGUCACCACAGUCUGUCCAGUUUUUUAACAUUUACUUCAAAACAAACUGAGGACCUGAACUUUUAUCUUUCUCACACUUGGGUUCCUGCUGGCGUUGAGUCAGGUUCCCCUCGAAUCGUCACUCGUUUUAAACCGAUCUGAUGCCAAACGCACACAGUGCUAAAUAUGGGCCUUAAGACAUGUUGUCUUUUCCAGACAGCUGUGUGUAAUGUUGUUGUGGGAAAGGGUAACAAAGAAGUAUAUCUUAGAUGCUGUAGUCUUUUCCUUUUGUUUACAGUGUCAAUUUAUGAAUUACAGUACAUUAUUCUAGUUAAUUUAUUGCUACAUGAAACAUUAGGGUUUUGUUUCUUGUUGCGACUGCAAUGGAUGCAAUCAGUCUCAAGGAUAUUAAGGGAAAUGCAUGUUUACUAUGAAGGUGAUUUUAUACUUGAAUGUAGUAAGUAAGAAUGGCACCCGAACCUUUGCUUGCUUGUUUUUAUUAUCAAUAAAAUAUUAUUUUGAACAUUA